AUGGCGCACUUCCUUGAGGCCACUCUCUUGUUUAUUGCAGGUGCAGAUGUGAACAGCCAGGCAGCUGAUGGAGCCACAGCUCUCUAUGAGGCUAGCAAGAACGGCCAUGACGAUAUAGUGAAGAUCCUGCUGUCUCAAAAUGCUGAUGCAAAUAUAGCAGCCAAGGGGGGGCUACUUCCACUGCAUAUUGCGGCUCAGCGUGGGAAUGAUAGAGAAAAGUUGCUGAACUAUGCAUCAUAUUCCUACUGUUGCGAAUUGUCAGUUAAAAUUGUGUCCAUGCUGAUUCCGGCUACUAGCAAGGCCCGGGUGCGGCGUAGUGGGAUCAGUCCCCUUCACCUGGCUGCAGAACGUAACAAGAAUGAGGUCCUGGAGACUCUCAUAGAGGCAGGCUUUGAUGUCAACGCCAUGUUGUCCCCUGACCGCUCCAAGAUGUACGAGGACCGCCGCAGCACCGCCCUCUAUUUUGCCAUCUGCAACAACAACACUGAAGCUGCCACUAUGCUCCUAGAAGCUGGUGCCAACCCUAACCUGGACACGUUUAACCCCCUGCUGAUCGCCGUGCGUCAGGGCUGCAUACGGACAGUCACUUUGCUGGUAGAGCAUGGGGCCAAUGUCAAUGCCUACAUCCCCACCCACCCCACCCCCUUCCCCGCUGCCAUUAUGUUCUGCAUGAAGUACCUGACCCUGCUCAAGUACCUGCUGGAUAAUGGGUGCGAUGCCCAGUCCUGCUUCCAGUGUGAGUACGGCAGUGGUCCACAUCCUCCGAUCGAGACCUUACACAGACCCAGGGAUGACAUACGCUACAAUGUUGAUGUGCAGGACUACAUUCCAGUGCAGUUCUGUGAGAUGAUUUCCACGCCUUCAGUGAGUCGCUGGGCAGGACCCAUCAUUGAUGUCCUCCUGGAUUAUGUUGGCAAUGUGCAGCUGUGUGCCAGGCUGAUAGAGCAUCUGGAUAGCUAUGAGGACUGGGGCGUUAUCAAGGAGAAAUCAAGUAAGCAUGUCAAAAUCAUCUGUUAUUUACAAUUUCUUUCGUUUGUUUCUGACUGAAACCAACAUUUAGCCAUUUCUAUUGCUACAUAUAUGUAUGUGUAAAAAUCUUUGUCUGCUAUGAAUUUUAUCUAAAACCAUAUUGGACUGGUAUCUGAUCCAGAGUGUACACCAGCCUUGUGCUUAUUGCUGGAAUGUGUGGUUAUAGGAUGGACGGAUGGAAGGAAGGAUGGGUGUAAUCAUUGAUGAACAUUCUGAUGUACAUAUUGAUUACAGUUGUUUGGUUAGCAGUAAGAUUCUGGUAAAGGAAAGGAAUACAUUAUCAAAUCAAGUCAAACCUCCAUGUCAUGCUAUUCUGGUCAGACUCUGUGUCUGGAACAGGAAGAGCUAUGCUUCCCAAGAGUAGAUGCUCCUUAUUAGGUUAACAGACACCAUCAUAGAGAGGUCUGGGGGGGACAGCAUUUCUAAAAGUUUACUUUAUGGAGAACUAGUGCUAAUAAACCAAACAAGCUGGCUGAUAAGUUCAGCUCCAGAAAAACUGACAUUUCUCCCUGAUUUCAUGUAUUUCAUGUUCCUUGAGCCUAUCCCAGGAAGCAUAGUGCACAAGGCUGGGGGAUAACCAGGACAAAAUGCAAGUUUAUAUUCAAUCCAUGAAACAUACAGGGUUUCAAUUUGGACAGAGCCCAGCACAGCUCAGCUCUGCCUCCUUACAGUAUGUCCGAAAUGCACCUUAACGGAGCGCAGCUCCGCCUCUUUAAAUCUUUAAAUCAGAUUCAAUAUAAAUUCUCAUUAGUACCUCAGAUCUUGAGAUCACUUUCUCAAGUGGAUGAGAUAUUCCUAUAUGACGCCUUAAUUUCUUCAUUUCUGUCCCAUGUUUUUGUAUUUUGACCUUAACUGUAUUUUGCUUACUCUACUGCUGCCAAAACUUCACUUACUAGCUGGACUCUGCUAGGGGUAAAACAUACUUAAGAGGCUAUCUGUGAGUAAUUUGUUAAGCAUGUGGCUCAGUAGGCUAAGCCUCUCUGUCUGUGAUUAGAAUGACACCAGUUCAAACCUGCCUAUUAACCCUCAGAUCCCUGGAUGCUAUAACAUGUGGCUGCCCUUCACAACCAGCUUGCUGCCAUCUACAGAGAGCUAGUUGGGGGUGGUGUAAAGAUUCCCCACAGGGAUCAAUAAAGCACCAAUCGUUAUGCAGUGAAUUAUUUUGGCCCAUCCCCCACUCUGUACCUGUCGGUGUUACACUUCCUCUCUGAUUUUGGUUUAACCCAUGUCAGUUAUUCUUCUGCCUAACAGGUUUCUUCAUUCACAUAUAUAUUUGAAUUGAUGGCUUAAUAGUGUGUGAACAUGAAAAGGUGAUGCAUUCUGGGUACUUUA